AUGGAGGGUUCGCCCAAAGGAUUGAGAAAAGGUGCAUGGACGGCUGAAGAAGACAGUCUCUUGAGGCGAUGCAUUGGUAUAUUUGGAGAAGGAAAAUGGCAUCAAGUUCCUUUAAGAGCUGGGCUUAAUCGGUGUAGGAAGAGUUGUAGACUAAGAUGGUUGAACUAUUUGAAGCCAACAAUCAAGAGAGGAAAACUUAGCUCUGAUGAAGUUGAUCUUCUUCUUCGCCUUCAUAAGUUUUAG